AGAAAAGUGACAUGCGCAGUGUACUUUGCGCAGAAGAGUCACAACGACAAUAACAACAAACGCCGAAUAUACAUAACGAAAUGGCUAUACAAAUAGCCAUUCUGGAUUGUGACCUGCUGCUCCAUGGCCGUGGACAUAAAACUCUCGACAGGUUUGAUAUAGAGACUGUUUCAGAUGAGUUCCUAUUAACAACAUUUGGAUUCCCUCGAGAUUUCAUCUAUUACCUGGUGGAACUACUGCGUGACACUUUAUCACGACGUACGCAACGGUCUCGAGCAAUAAGCCCAGAAGUUCAGAUUCUAGCUGCUUUAGGAUUCUAUACCUCAGGAUCCUUCCAGACGAGGAUGGGAGAUGCCAUUGGCAUUAGCCAGGCUUCCAUGAGUCGCUGUGUGACAAAUGUAACCAAGGCACUGGUUGAGAAAGCGCCAAAGUGCAUAGGAUUCAUGAGAGAUGAAGCCACAAAACAGCAGUCCAAAGAGGAGUUUUUCAGGGUAGCGGGAAUACCUAACGUCAUGGGGGUUGUAGACUGUGCCCAUAUAGCCAUUAAGGCACCCAAUGCAGAUGAUUCUUCAUAUGUCAAUAAGAAAGGCUUCCAUUCAAUAAACUGUCAACUUGUGUGUGAUGCCAGGGGACUUUUGCUCAGUGCAGAGACUAACUGGCCUGGCAGCUUACAGGAUAACUGCAUAUUUAAACAGUCUUCAGUGUACAAGGAAUUGGAAGAGCAGGAAAAUCACGAAGGCUGGUUAUUAGGAGACUGCCACUAUCCUUUAAAGAAAUGGCUGAUGACACCUGUCCAGUACCCAGAAACUUCAGCAGACUUUCGAUACAACCUGGCUCACACUGCCACUCAUGAGAUUGUGGACCGCACGUUCAGGGCCAUUCAAACCCGUUUCCGUUGCCUGGAUGGGUCCAAAGGCUACCUUCAGUACUCACCUGAGAAGUGCUCUCACAUCAUUCUGGCCUGCUGCGUCUUGCACAACGUGUCAUUGCAAUCAGGCUUGGAUGCCUGGACGUUUGAGAGGACUGAUAUACCAGACCAGUCAGACGACGGCAGUCGAAAGCCAGAAACUGUGGACUCGGAGGCAGUCCGAAUCCGCCAGGAGCUCAUUCUUAGUCACUUCAGCUAGGUCUGCAUGCUCAGAAUCAACAGGGAAAACACUGUUUCACAGAGACACUGCCUGCAAUAGAGAAGUGGUUGACACCAGAUUCUGUAUAAGCAGAAAGAAAGAUGAUUUUGUGACAAAUAUAGGUUUUAGUAGGUGUAGAUGUACAGUCGCUUCAGAAGGUAUUCAUACCCCUUGACUAAUUCCACAUUUUGUUGUUGGAUUAAAUUGAUUAUUUUUCUCACCCAUAUACACACAAUACCCCCUAAUGGCAAAGUGAAAACAUGUUUUUAGAAAUGUUUGCAAAUUUAUUGAUAAUUAAAUGUGUAUCCUAAAAAACUCUGUAGUCCUUUCUGAUGACAAGCAUACCCAUAACAUGAUGCAGCCACCACCAUGCUUGAAAAUAUGGUGGUACUCAGUGAUGUGUUGGAUUUGUAUGUAUAUGUAAAAUGUAUGUAUAUGUUGCAGAAAAGCUGUAAAAAAACGAAAAAGAUAUUUCUCCUCCAAAGAGGGGCGGUGGUGGAGGGGUUAAUAAAACAAUUUUAAGCCCUAAUAGCGGACACAUAUCUCAACAUGCUCACAACAUGCCAUUGGAUACAAAUUAUAAACAUUUACAUACAGGAAAAAAAUGGUGCAAGUCAAAUUCUACUCAAAUACUGUAUUUGGCGGGUUGUGAGCAUGUUGAGAGAUGUGUCCAUUCUUAGGGCUUGAUUCAAUCAGAUAAAAAAAGUGCAUGUUUUGGAUUAUUUGUAUUCUGUACAGGCUUCCUUCUUUUUAUUCUGUCAUUUAGCUUAGUAAUUACAAUGUGUUCGAUCCAUCCUCAGUUUUCUCCUAUCACAGCCAUUAAACUCUCUUAAAGUCA